UAUAUAUUAAAGCUAACUUGAUAGCUAAAAGAAAGCGACUGUGGGUGCUAAUACGGAAACAGCUCUAACGCUAUCAUAAUAAUUAUUUAAAAGGAUUAAUAUCGACUGAACUUCGUUGUCGAGUAGUCCCAUUAAAUAUCUCCACAAUGUCCCGGCAAUCCAACCGCACAACAGACAGCAAAAAAAUGAAUUCCGAGCUGUUCACGCUGACCUACGGAGCCCUUGUCACACAACUAUGCAAAGACUACGAGAAUGAUGAGGAAGUCAACAAACAACUGGACAAGAUGGGUUACAACAUUGGCGUGCGUCUCAUCGAGGACUUCCUGGCACGCUCCAGCGUCGGCAGGUGUCAGGAUUUCCGAGAAACGGCCGAUGUCAUCGCUAAGGUGGCGUUCAAGACCUACCUCGGGGUCACCCCCAGCGUGACCAACUGGAGCCCCGCCGGAGACGAGUUCUCCCUCAUCCUGGAGAGCAACCCGCUGGUGGACUUUGUGGAGCUGCCCGAUAACCACAACGCCCUCAUCUACUCCAACCUGCUUUGCGGCGUCCUCAGAGGAGCGCUGGAGAUGGUCCAGAUGGCCGUGGAUGUGAAAUUUGUCCAGGAUACACUGAGGGGCGACAGCGUGACAGAAAUCCGCAUGAAGUUCAUCAAGAGGAUUGAAGAGAACCUCCCGGCAGGAGACGAGUGACAAAAUGAUCCACGAGUCAACAUAUACUGCCUCAUGAGCAAGAACUUUUUUUUUUUUCCUGUUUUUUUUUUUCUUUUUUGGGGGUGGUGACACUUCUUUUACAGACUUGAAAAGACUAUUCCGAUUGACUGGAGACGACAGUGAAUCCCAACACAUUUGUGUGGUCUUUGCUAUGAAUGCUAUGAAAAACAAUCGUCAUAGCUGAUCAGCUGCCAGGUGUGGAUCUGUCACUGUUGAGGGGGGGGGGGCUGGCUUUUCCUCCCCACACUGCUUUACUCUAUAACAACAAGGAAAUUUUUUUCGUUGCCAUAUUUGGUCACUCAAUUGAGUGAGUUUCCUUUUUUUUUUGUCUAUAUUGCUGCCACUUGUCUGGCAUAGUAAUAACAAUGUGUGUGUUAAUAAAUGCUCAAUUUCAAAAUUUG